AUGAAGUCAGCAGUGUCAUCGUCACUCCUCAAUUCGAAGAUCUUUCUAUUGAACCCUAUUCCUCUUUCUCGCUUCAUCUCUCUCAAAUCCGUUUUCCUCCCUAAUUUCUCGACCAGAUCGAUUGCUAAUCACACUCCCAAUCUCCCAUCUUCGUCAACGUCAACGUCAGCUCGAAGAUCCAUCUCAUCCAUGGCGUCCUCUUUCAACCCCGAACUAGCCAGAGUUCCCUCUGCUCUUCCACUCCCAGCGCCUCCGUUGACCAAAUUCAACAUCGGAUUGUGUCAGCUAUCUGUGACGGCUGACAAAAUGAGGAACAUCUCUCACGCGAAGGACGCCAUCGAAGACGCUGCUUCCAAAGGAGCGAAGCUUGUUCUCUUACCCGAAAUUUGGAACAGUCCGUAUUCGAAUGAUAGUUUCCCAGUUUAUGCGGAGGACAUUGAUGCAGGUGGUGAUCAUUCUCCUUCAACCGCAAUGCUCUCUGAAGCCUCUAAACGUCUCAAGAUUACAAUCAUUGGUGGCUCCAUACCAGAAAAAUUUGGGGAUCGUUUGUAUAACACUUGCUGUGUCUUUGGUUCUGAUGGAGAGCUAAAAGCUAAGCACCGCAAGAUACAUUUAUUUGAUAUAGACAUUCCUGGGAAGAUUACUUUUAUGGAAUCAAAAACUCUUACUGCUGGAGAGACACCAACAAUCGUUGACACAGAUGUGGGGCGUAUUGGAAUAGGCAUCUGCUAUGAUAUCAGGUUCCAGGAGUUAGCUAUGAUAUAUGCUGCAAGAGGGGCUCAUUUGCUGUGCUACCCUGGAGCUUUCAACAUGACAACCGGACCGCUGCAUUGGGAAUUACUACAAAGGGCAAGGGCUACGGAUAAUCAGUUAUAUGUAGCAACAUGCUCACCUGCCAGAGAUUCAGGAGCUGGCUACACUGCUUGGGGACACUCUACACUCGUCGGGCCUUUUGGAGAAGUACUAGCAACGACUGAGCAUGAGGAGGACAUUAUCAUAGCAGAGAUUGAUUACUCUAUCCUUGAUCAGCGAAGGACAAGCCUUCCUUUGAAUAAGCAGCGACGGGGAGAUCUUUACCAGCUUGUAGACGUAGAGCGUUUAAAUUCCAAAUGA